AUCCAAAGCCAAAGUUCUGUUUUCGGUUUUUGGCUGAGGUUCGCAGUGUUAGGAUUCCUGACGUUUUCUCUGCUGUAUUAUGACUGCUUUCGAAGAAAUGGGCGUUCUGCCCGAGAUUGCAAGAGCAGUCGAAGACAUGGAAUGGACGCUUCCAACCGACGUACAGGCCGAAGCUGUACCUUUGAUUCUCGGAGGUGGAGACGUGCUCAUGGCUGCGGAGACUGGGAGCGGGAAGACUGGGGCGUUCUGCCUCCCAAUUCUGCAGAUUGUGUGGGAGACCCUGAAGGACGAAGAGCUCGGACGAGGGAAGAAGGGCGGGGCCACCGGCGCUGCACCCGCCACCAAAUGGGGCAUGAGCUUCUUCGACAGAGGAUCUGCCUUAGCCGUGAGUCCUAACGGUCUGACAACCCAGAGCAGAGACCAGAAGGGUUGGCAUGGUUGCCGGUGUACAAAGGGACUCCAGUACCGGGGGAAGUACUAUUAUGAAUCCAAAGUGACGGAUGAAGGUCUCUGCCGUGUUGGCUGGUCUACCCUGGCUGCGUCCCUUGACUUGGGGACUGACCGACAGGGCUUUGGGUUCGGAGGCACUGGCAAGAAGUCGUUUGGAAAGCAAUUUGAUUCGUACGGAGAGCCCUUUGGAAUGCACGACGUCAUCGGCUGCUACCUGGACCUUGACGCGGGGACCAUCAAGUUCUCCAAGAACGGCAUCGACCUCGGAGAAGCGUUCCAGAUCCCGCAGAACUUGAAGAGGUCCCCGUUUUUCCCAGCAGUCGUCCUCAAGAAUGCUGAAAUGGAGUUCAACCUUGGGGGCACCCCGUUCAAACAUCCGCCGGCGGACGGCUUUGUUGCAGUUUCGGAAGCACCCAAAGAGUGCAUCGUGGAGUCCACUGUGACUGGAACCUCGGUGGGAGCCCCCAAGAGCGUCAAGAAUGCGCCCCAAGCCAUCAUCAUUGAGCCAUCUCGGGAGCUGGCAGAGCAGACACUCAAGUGCAUCACGAGCUUCAAGAAGCACCUUAAGGACCCUGUUGUGCGGGAGUUGCUCGUGAUUGGUGGCGUAGCUGCAAAGGAGCAAAUCGAGAUGCUGAGGAACGGGGUUGACAUCGUUGUGGGGACGCCCGGUCGUCUGGAAGAUCUCAUCUCCACUGGUGAACUGAGCCUGACCCAGGUGCGGUUUUUUGUCCUGGACGAAGCGGACGGACUUCUGAAUGGAGGGAACGGUGAACUGAUCAACCGAGUCCACCGCCAGAUACCGCAGAUUACGGCCGAAGGACGACGUCUUCAGAUGGUAGUGUGCUCGGCAACACUUCAUUCUUUCGAGGUCAAGAAGUUGGCGGAGCGUCUGAUGCACUUCCCGACUUGGGUGGACCUGAAGGGAGAGGACAGCGUUCCCGAGACGGUGCAUCACGUGGUCUGCAUUGUCGAUCCAAGGAAGGACACAUCCUGGAUGAACCUGAGCAGGCACAUUGUGACGGACGCGGUGCACGAGCGGGACAACAUACGCCCGGGUGCCACGACCCCGGAGACCCUCUCCGAGGCGGUGAAGCUGCUGAAGGGGGAGUAUGUGGUGCGGGCCAUCCAGCAGCAGAACAUGGACCAGGGCAUCAUCUUCUGCCGCACCAAGGUGGACUGCGACAACCUCGAGAGCUAUCUGAACCAGAUCGGAGCGGCAAACAGAAACAAGAGCCAGUUCUCGUGUGUCUGCCUUCACGGAGACAGGAAGCCUCAGGAACGUAAGGCUAACCUGGAAACUUUCAAGAAGGGCGGGGUCAAGUUCUUGAUCUGCACGGACGUUGCUGCCCGGGGCAUAGACAUUACAGGCGUCCCGUUCGUCAUCAACGUUACGCUGCCGGAUGAGAAGUCCAACUACGUUCACCGCAUCGGCCGUGUCGGAAGGGCUGAGCGGAUGGGCCUUGCUAUUUCCCUCGCCUCUGCCGUACCAGAAAAGGUCUGGUACCACUCCAACUGCUCGAGCAAGGGCCGCAACUGCUUCAACACCAACCUGACCGAUCGGGGUGGAUGUUGCAUCUGGUACAACGAGCCGCAGUACCUGUCCGACAUUGAAGACCACCUUAACGUGACCAUACAGCAAGUGGAGCCCGACCUGAAGAUUCCUGCCGACGAGUUCGAUGGGAAGGUUGUGUAUGGCCAGAAGAGGACGCAGGCUGGAAGCAUGUACGAAACUCACACGGCUCAAAUGGCCCCGACAGUGCAGGAGUUGGCGCAGAUGGAACGGAAGUCUCAGUCGCUUUUCAUCGAGCGCUACUACCUCAAGGAUCAGUCCUUCCUCAGAUGAGCAUCUGUGGGUGAUGGAACUGUGAUGUGCUUAGCCUGAUGGCAUCACUGGCUACUGUCGCAGAAACAAAAAUUUCUGUCAAAACUAAAUUAACCUUUCACUGCAUUUCUUUGAGAGACUGAAUAAACGGUUUGUGCUGUGCA